GUCCAGUAGAAGCUCGGGGUGUUGCUCUGUCUCUCAGUUCUCUAGAGAAGGGAGGGGGCGAGGCGUAACUCCUACUCCUUCCUGGUGAUAUGAAGUAGAAACAACGGUCUUAUCUCCUACCAGUGACCCGGAGAAGGAUUUUGGAGGGGUAACUACUCAAAGAAUUCCAACACGUUAUAUCUGUCGCAUCCCGGAGUAUAGUUGGUCUCUCCUCGACGUCGCCACCGUCAUGAGUGAUAUGGGGAGCGAGCUGGGGAGUGACGAGCCCAGGAGGCGGUCACUCCCGACGGAUGAGUUCCUCUAUACAGGGAAUCCCAACCUUAUGGGGAUACCCUUCUUCAGACACCUGCGGGAGCUGGAAGGUGACCAGGAGGACCGCGCCUCACUCCUCGACUCGGCUCAGUUCGUGUCCACCUACGACUCUUCCGACGAGACUGGGUCAGGAGUGGAGCUGGUACAGAGACCAACCACUAGAUAUGGAACCUGGAAGAGCAUAGAGGAAGGCAUCACCCUGACCUGGCGUGACCUCAACGUGUACGUCCCUCAGAGAAGACCCUGGUACAGGAGACACGGCAAGCACAAGCCAUUCAAGAGGGUGCUGAAUAAUGUGUCGGGAGCUGUUAGGCCAGGCAGUCUUGUAGCUCUCAUGGGGGCCAGCGGUGCGGGUAAAUCCACGCUCAUGAACGCUUUGGCUCACCGAACGCCUGGCGAAGUGGUGAUUGACGGCGACAUAUUGGUGAACGGCCACCGAGCUAACAGUAGUAUGAACGCCCUAUCAGGUUACGUUCACCAGGAUGACAUCUUCAUCGGCUCCCUCACCGUCAAGGAACAUCUUACGUUCAUGGCUCGGUUAAGGAUGGAUGUUAGGACUUCCGCCUCAGAGCGAAGGAUGAGGAUACAGGAAUUAGUGAAGGAGUUAGGACUGACGAAGGUGCAGGACUCUCGCAUCGGGACGCCAGGGCUGGACAAAUCUCUCUCUGGGGGCGAACGGAAGAGACUCGCCUUCGCUACUGAGAUCCUGACAGACCCGCCCCUCCUCUUCUGCGACGAGCCCACCACAGGUCUCGACUCCUUCAACGCCAAGAAGCUGGUGAAGAUGAUGAGAGAAAUGGCCGCCAGGGGGAAGACCAUCGUGUGCACCAUCCACCAGCCCUCCACCGAAGUCUUCCUCAUGUUCGAUAAGCUCCUUCUGCUGGCUGAGGGGCGCCUGGCGUACAUAGGGUCAUCCUCGGGCGCCCUCGAGUUCCUUGACGGACUGGGUCACAAAUGCCCCUCCACCUUUAACCCUGCCGACUACUACAUACAUACCCUGGCGGUUCACCCAGGUCACGAACUGAGGUCCCGAGAACGUAUCAAGAAGAUCUGUGACAACUUCGCCGUGUCCCCGUACGCUAAAGACGUUGACUUGAUUAUACAGUACCAAGAUAACAUGAGUCUACAGUAUAAGGAUAGCGAAGUGAGUUCUACUACUAACUACUACCACUACUACUACAGGCGUCUUCCUAACUGGUGGAUUCAGCUGUAUUGGCUCACCUGGCGUUCACUGCUCGACUCAUACAGGAAUCCCGAUGUUCACGCCAUUAGAAUACUCCAGAAAAUUAUAAUGGCACUACUGAUAGGCGUCUGCUAUACAAAUGUGACCCUCAACCAGGCAGGGGUACAGGAUAUUGAAGGCGUGUUAUUCAUUUUCAUCACCGAGAACACCUUCCCCUCCGUCUACGCUGUUCUAAAUAUCUUCCCCCAGGAGCUGCCUCUGUUCCUACGGGAGUAUAAGAACGGCAUAUAUAGAUGUGAUAUUUAUUACAUCUCUAAAAUGUUAUCUAUGGCACCGGGGUUCAUCAUGGACCCAGUCAUCUUCGUCACCAUCUGCUAUUGGAUCGUAGGCCUACAGCACCAGGCCUACCAGUUCUUCAUGACCGUCCUCAUACUGAUCUUCACCACCAACACCGCCUCUGCUUGUGGAGCGAUGUUCUCAGCCCUGUUCGACAGCCUCCCUUACAGCAUGGUCAUCUUAAUACCCUUUGACAUGAUGCUCCUUAUCUCCGGCGGUCUCUUCAUUAACCUCAGCACUAUGCCGUGGUACAUAGGGUGGGUCAAGUACCUCUCGUGGUUCAUGUACAGCAACGAAGCUCUCACCAUCACCCAGUGGAAGGGUGUCCAGGAGAUUGAGUGUGACACAGCCCCUGGAGUGCCUUGCCUAACAACGGGAGACGAGGUUAUUAACAAGUUUAGCUUCAGUAAUUGGCACCUACCUUUUGACCUGUCGUUAAUGGCACUGCUCUACCUGGGGUUUCAUAUAAUUGGUUUCUGCGGUCUGUACUCACGAGCCAGGAGGAAGUAGAGGAGGAGGAGGAAGAGGAGGAGGAAGAGG